AUGUCUGCAUCUGGGCCACCUGCACAGGUAACAGGUAUCUCCCCAAUCGAAGGUGUUCCUGGUACAAAAUUAACACUUCGAGGGGAGCAUUUCGGCCAAUCAGCUCUUGAUCUCACACAUGUUUUUGUUGGUGGUAUUGAUGUCUCACCCAGUGCACGGUGGUUCUCUUCUCGAAAACUGUCUGUUAUCACACCACUUGGGACCGGGGAGUUGGAAAUUGUUGUUGUUACCAGGUCUGGUGGGAUCGGCACAUCUGAACUCACAUAUACUCAGAAUGUUGGUCAGAAAGUAGGCCCACAGGAACAGGUUAGCUAUUGGCCGGAGGACGAACGCCGGCGCUGUCCGGCUAUAAUCGAGCGGGGCAGCGGGACAAGGCAGGAGGGCGGGGGCGACGUGGUCGAUGCAUCUCUCGCAGCCACCGGUCUCCCCGCUGCUGAGCUCGCGCGUCUCGGAAUCCCUCUCUCUGACACUGCUCUUAUGAAAAUCUACCCUUGUUCUGGGAGUGUAUUACUGUCUGAACCGGAUUUUGAUCCAUUGCUCUUCCUCCUCAAAUACUACAAAAAUGCCAGCUUUGAAGACUUGGUGAUGGCCCGCAACAACUUCAGUCGGAGCAUUGCAGCAUCUGGUGGCCAUGACUCAUGCCACGUCAUAAAAAAUAACCUCUACCUUAUUUUUCGGUGCCUCGAAGGCCUUGAAGAUUUACGCAACGAAAUGAAAAGAUCUAAUGUUCCCGGGAAUUAUGAAUACAAGCCAAGUGGUCAGAAAACCAGAUCAAAGGUCGAGGAAGGUACCGUAGAAACACGCUUGGAGAAAAAACUCACGGAUUCGUGGAACCAGGGUUACGACCUCUUCAAGGACGUUUUGCGAUGUCGCGAGGCUGCCAACUCGGCCCGUAAUGUUCUCAGCAUCAUGGAGCGCUUUAGCUUUCUCUUCCGUCUCCCCGAAUCCAUCCGGAAGACUAUCAAAGAAGGCGAAUACAACCUCGCCAUAAGUGACUACAAAAGGGCCAAGGCGCUCUUUUCGACCUCAGAUUGCGGAGCCUUCCAGCGAGUUUUCGUGGAGAUCGAGAAUGUCGUGGCACAGUUUCGCAACACGUUGAAAACCGAACUUCUGGAAGUUCCCAUCGAUGUUGACGAGGCGAUGAGGAGAAUUAAAUGUCUUGAGCAGCUGGACGUGGAUUAUGAUCCCUACUGGAUAUGUGCGGAGGCUUUCAAAAAUUGGCUCGUUGAGCAAUUACGGGGCUUUCAAAAGCGCUACCAGGAGGAGGUCAAGGUGUCUUCUUCAUCCCAAUCGGAAAUCUCUAAGACGCCGUCCCAACCGAUUUUGUGUUCUACUGUGAAAGGUCGUAUGAGCAACCAGCAAAUGAUCGUACAACUGGUGAAGCAAGCUUGCAAUCUCCUCUCCACCCAAUGUGUUCAGUUCUGGCGUCUGCAAGCAGUCUGUCUCGCUGCAUCUUCCAAAUCUAAACCCAAUGUCUUGGAGAGGACUGAUACUCAGCAGUCGCGGCAGGCCAAAUAUCAGACAAUAAAUCUUGAGCUGGUUCACCUGUUGGCAAACUGUAUACGUGAGGUGGUUCUUCAGCCGGCGUCAGUAGGAACGCUGGAGACUGUUUCCUCUGGCUGGGCGUCUACCUGUGUGCAGGAGUUCCGAAACUGCUGUCUCAGUCUGCCUCUAGAUAUUGUGCCAAGGGAUGCUCAAGCUGUGCUACGACGCCUCUCCUAUGACCUUCGACGACACGCCGUUCGAGAUGCCCUUCGCUCCUCUCAAACCACCACUGAGUCGCUUCACUUUAAAGAGAAUUGGGAAGUUGAGGUUACUGAUGAUGGUGGCAGCAUCACACAGCUACCACUUGCCUACGAAAAUGCUGUGUCAGAAACACUGUCUCGCUGCAAGACUCUCAUGUCGUCCCGAACAUCCCUGGAAAAUUCCCUUUUCGACGCACCUGAGUACCAGGAACGCUUCUCGCAAUCAUUUUCUGACGUCAUGUUGGGAUUCCUUGGCACCCUCCAGCACUUGGCCGAACAAAUCAAGCUUUCAUUGCCGUGGCAUGGCGGAGCCGCAGAGAUGUCGCAGUACGACGACCAGGACGGCCUCGGGACCUUGGAGCCAACCGUCGGUCAGAGGCCCAUUAUUGCUCAGGCACGCGGAGUUCUCCUCCUCGUGAGCAAUGCCGACUGGGCGGCGCGGCACGCGAACGCUCACGUCUUCAGCGCCUACGCGACUGCUGGCUUCUCCAAUGUGGAGGAUCUCAAGUCGCGAGUCUCCUCCUCAUGGAAGGCAGUGACCGUGAAGCUCAUCGAUCUCUACGUCAACAUCCGCACCACGUGGCUUUGUGCACCUCUGGACAAGACCACUCCCGACAAUGCCCUCCAGAGUGCAAUGAUCACUGCUCUGUGCAAUCUCUCUCACAUCCAUGCGGAGUUGGUGCUCCUUCUGGGGAUCUCUACUGCCGCCCAGGUCAAUGCAGAUAAAAAUGGCAGUGACGGUGAUGAUGGACUCCUCUCCUGCGAUCGUACUCAAUCAAUCAUGCAGACUGUCGCAGCCAAACUGGCCAACAGUAUUAGAACGCGUUCCGGGAACGGGAAGAGAGAGAAGCUAAAUCUGGACUUGAAAAAUUUUAGUACAUUUGACUGGCGAAUUCCUUUAAUCGGGGUUGGUGUAGCAGCCUACAAACCGAAACCGAUUCACCCCACCUCUCUCUUCCCCUCCUGGUUUGAUUCACGGCGGCGCUUAUUUGAUACGUGGACUGUCGGGUUCCGCUCAGAUGAGCAAAACAAAGUGGUCGGAGGUGUUCGUGUCACAUCGCCUCUCUCCGUCUCCGAUAGAGCCGUUGGAUUGCAGCAUGUUGUUGGACCACCUACACGCUGCUGCUGUUUUUAUUUAUACACUGUGCUGUCACUCGAGUGUCAGGGUGGUGGGAAAGGGCGUGGUCGACUCGACCUACAUCAGCGUGCAGUGGCGUCCUGCGGUUGGCAGUCAGCCCGCGUUUUGAUUAAUUUUCUAAAUACCAUAUACAUGGAUGGGGGAGAGUUUAGUCGACGUUGGACCUGUGCAUGUGUGCAUAGUCCGACUAGCGAUGUCGUGGACGAUGCAGCCAGUUGUGACAUGGUGCAGGUGAAUGCAAACUUCAUCCUCGAUCUGCUUAAACUCCUCAUCUCGGGCGAAUCAUUGGAGCAAUUUCUCUCCUCCAAAAAGAGUGCACUGGAUCUGAAGCGAAGUUUACGGCUUGUCGCGAAGGCCCUGGACGCUGGGGAGACCUUUGAGGAGUCGCAGGGUGGUCUUGACUCGCCUAGUACCCAGUCGCACCGUACGCGGAAUCUCUUCAUCCGCAGGCCACAUCUUCGCCGCCACUGA